AUGCUGUUUGUCUUGUGGUAUCAUGAGAAACCUACAUCUACAUCAGUAGCUACCAACAAUGGAUCUGUAACUCAGCAAGAUGGAGUCCAGCAGCAGACACCCGACACAGAUACCCCAGGGUCUCGAAAGACAUUCCGUUCAGGCAAGAAAGGGGUCUCUGCUCGGCCCAGUAUACCAAAAUCUUCCUCUGCUUCACUCAAGUCCGUCUCUAGCCAGAUUUCUCAUCUGAGUCUGGACCGUUCCAACAGUGAUCCGAGCAUAAAUAACAAUGUUAACAAUACCCCUCCAUUACCAAUAACGUCUGCAUCAACGGAGGAAGACCGUUUGUCCUCAUCCGCUUCGUCAUUCCCGGCACUUCAACCACUCGCCUCUGAUCCACAGUCGUUUCUCUUUCGUAGCAGCACGGCGGGCGAUGUCAGUAUCCAGGCCCAGUACCAUGCUUUGCUGGGCCAAGUUCAUCAGUGGCUGCAUCAGGAGAAAUCGAAGCUGGGCCUGCCAUCCAAUUCUGCAGCAAAAUCUCCCCGUCUAAUUCCACGGUCUACUUCGGCCCCCAACAAGGGAGAGCUCUUAGGUGAUUCUGGCACAGCAGGUGAUGCUCAAGUGCCUGAAGCCACUCUUGCAUUAGAAAAGCUAGAACGGAUCCUAUCUCAGUACUCCACUGACGGGCUAUCCGGCUCAGGAGCCCCCUGGAGGCGAAGACGUGGUGGUUCAUGGGGUCAGGGGAAGAGAGGCUAUGGCUUGAAAGGUUUGCGCCGCGGCUCAGCGUCUGAUUCAGACUAUACGGAUACUGAACCGUCCGUUCCCAGUGCGGACGUGGUACUUGACAACUCUAAAACACUCCUGUACUCUGGAGGAGAAGCGGAUUCAGACACCGAGUCAUUACAUUAUAGUCAGAAUGACGGUAGCAAACCUCCUGGUAGCAAGGACAGGGAAUACUGGCUUCAUUUUAAAUCCGAGAUCGUGCGAUUGACGCAUACCCUUGGAUUCAAGGGCUGGAGACGAGUUCCCCUUGACGCGGGCGGAGAAGUUGAGGUUAUUCGUCUGAGUGGCGCACUCACAAAUGCCGUAUACCUUGUCUCACCGCCAAAGAAUAUGUCCAAGUAUUCCCAAUCUACAUCCAGCCAAACUGCCCCCAGGAAGCCUCCUCCGAAACUACUUCUCCGCAUAUACGGUCCUCAAGUCGAACAUCUUAUCGACAGAGAGCAUGAAUUGCAAGUCCUCCGUCGUCUGGGAAAGCGAAAUAUCGGCCCACGCGUUCUAGGGACUUUCAAGAACGGCCGGUUUGAACAGUACUUACAUGCUCGUACUCUGACAACUCGUGACCUGCGUAUACCCGAAACCUCCAUCCAGAUUGCCAAGCGUAUGAGAGAGCUUCAUGAAGGCAUUGACUUGUUACCCGAAGAGCGCGAGGGCGGCCCAGGAUUGUGGAAGAAUUGGGAUAAGUGGGUGAACCGGUGCGAAAAGGUGACUACGUGGCUUGACAGCGAGAUUCUGGCAGACUACAAUGAGGACAAAGCGAUGAAGGAACCUUGGAGGAAACGAGGGUUCGUCUGCGGUGUCCCCUGGGAAACUUUCCGGAGUAUGGUUGAUAGCUAUCGUCAAUGGCUAGCUGCUAGCUGCGGCGGAGAUGACGAGAUCGCCCGUCGGUUGAUUUUUGCUCACAAUGAUGAACGUCCCUGGAGAUGCAACACAGCCUGGUAUCCCACUCUGGAGGAGCAGAAACGCUUUAUCCGUGCCUAUCUCACCCACCGACCUCGACUCAUAUCUGAGGUACAUAACGGCUCAUACCCCGCUGGCCAGAACUUCUCCACCAGUUCAGUAUCAAGUACCAUGACCACCCCGGGUCUCCGGCCAACCUACGUCGGCAGCCCGCGUGUUGCCCCCUUCAACUUAGACACCUACAUCCCUGCCGUGCCGUUCUCCAUCAGCGAAGAUGACCAGAUCGACGAAGAACUCGAGAUAGAAGUGCAAAAGCUCCUGCAAGAAGUUCGAGUCUGGCGUGUCGCCAACUCAGCCAUGUGGGUGGCAUGGGGCAUCGUGCAGGCCAAAGUCCCAGGCCUCGAAGCCGCAGUUGCAGAGACAAGCACACCAGCAGUAUCAAUUCCCAGCGGCGGUGAGGACACUGCAUCGAGCAACGGCGAGAACGAGGAUGUAGCUACAACACCCACACAGGAAACAGUCGGCGCACAGCAGAUGCUGACAACUAGUGAUCAGGCACUGCAGGAGGCUGAGGUGGACGAAGCUGCGGAUGAGUUUGACUAUCUUGCAUAUGCACAGGAUCGCGCAUUGUUCUUUUGGGCUGACAUUCUAGCUAUCGGGUUGAUUAAGGAGAAGGAUUUGCCCAUGGAAAUGAUUGAGCAUAUCAAGAGCCGGAUGGUUGACUACUGA